AUGUCCAAGUUUACGAGGCUGUAUCUGCGGAUACCGCGGCCCAAGACUCUCUUUGGCCUCAUCAGCCUCCAGACAGGCACAGAGUUGAUUUCCUUGGCACUCGUCUUCAACAAGGUCACGGGCGUUUACGGUCUCCUUGCCAUCCUUACCGGCUUCCAGCUCUCCCUCUUCCAGCUUACGACCUACGUAUACUGCAUCGGCGUUCUCGGCACCCUCAUCUACCUGAUCCCACACAUCCGAAAGCAGACUCCCUUCGAAUGCUUGGCCUUGGCCUGGCUGUACGCCAUUGAUACCGUCAUCAACGUCCUCGCUACGGUGGCUUUUGGCAUGGACUGGUACUUUGCCACUGCUACGCCAAACGCAACCGAGAUUCGACCUUCCAGCCUGCCCGGCAUUGUUGCUGAAGGCAUGGAGGGCCUCCGACGCGAAACUGCCGUGCAUGGCGGUGUUGUGCCCCAAGAGACGGCGGCCAGCAUGGUCCUCAUCACCGGAUUGACCCUCAUCAGGGUUUACUUCAGUCUGGUUGUCAUGAACUUUGCUCGACAGACGCUGCAGAAGUACAUGCAGCUGAUGAUCCUCGAGGGACCGGGCGUCGAUGACCAGGUGGGGCCGUUUGCCGCGGACCUGCCUGACGGCGAGGGCCGAAGAGGUCAGCUCGGCCGACUGAUGGUGUCUUUCGGACGCGGUUACUGGAUGGAAUACUCUGAGGCGAGAGAGUGGGUUGGGGGCGGUAGCAGCCGCAAGCCCAGCUCGGCAACACUGGCUGGUGAGGUAUGA